GGUGGUGUCAACUCUGAUGUCGACGACGACGACGACGACGGCAAGCUUGGGGGACCGACUUCGGAUAGCAGUGACACAGGCUCUCACAGCACUAAAAUACAAGCCACAGGAUUCGUCAAUCGACUCUUAUGUUGCGACCCUGCGUGCCGAGCUCGUCAAGGAUAAUCCGGCCGACAAUCCGUGGCGCAACAGGGCUGAAUCAUUGGAGAAGCGGCUGAGGGAGCUAGAGGUCGAGUUGGAGACCGAGAAAACAAGGAACCUCGAUGUGAAAGAGAAGGAGCCGGAAAAGGAAAAGAAGAAGAGUAAUAGGAAAAAGGCAAUUCGUGGUAUUUUGGAGGACACAUCUGUGCUGUUUUCGACGUUUGGAGUGUAUGAACGGGCUCGUGACUCUGGUGACGCGGGGCUUCUACUGUCAACUGCGAUCCGCGCCGUCGAGUCGUGUGCUUCGUUUCUUGAGCGACCCAGGGAAGAAAUAAGGAAAGGACAAGUGGAAAUGGUAGGACGACUAGUGGGAUAUGUUAUGGAGAAUGUUUUGACAGAAGAAAUCGUGAGUUUGGUGGUGGACCGGAUCGUGAAGCCGGCGCUGGGUAUGCUCGGAGGAAGUGAAUACUUGGAGGAUAUGUUCGGGAGAUCGGCCGGAAUAGCGGAUGUGCGACCGGAAGUGGUUGUUUUGGUCAAGGAAGUGGCGGGUCAUCUAGAAGCAAAGAGUGGAGCUCGCGAAGCACUCGCACUCGAGUCGAUCCGGCUUUUAAACAAGGUCAGAACUUUGAACGAGUCCGCGGUCGCGAGGCUUGCUAGCAAGGACGCUGUUUGGUAUUAUUCUGCUGUACUUGCCUACCUUUUUUCUUCUAGCCCCUCUUCUGCUGAUCCAUUCCUGGGGGACAAGGUGCUGCAGGAGAUGAUCAAGCUGCUUCAUUACAAGGAGACCGGUGUCGAACAAGAAAUGGUGUUGGGUGUAAUGGAAAAGUACUGGCUGUAUCAGAAAGAUAAUUGACGACUCCUCCCCUACUUUUACCUUUGUCUGAUUUUCUAUUCGUUGCGUGGCGCGUAGCCAGGUACCCGUAACCUCGGCGGGACGCGCUCGAAAUUAUCGGUUAAAAUACCGUGGGAACGGAUGCAAUGUGCCAUCGACCCCAUUGGGAUCGAUGCCAGAUUCAUUUUGCCGCUUUCUCAGGGACGAUUGGCCACAUGUAUUUCAGACAUCCGAGCCUGUAACGCUGCGGAUGUUGGUCGACAGCCAAGACGACGACAACGGACAGCAAGCAACCACCGCUAUACAUCCACUUGGACAGUCUCCAGCAUCCUGCCUCAUCAUGGUACAAUGGGAGAG